AUGGCAGAGGGUCGAUACAGUGACUCAUCCCUGCCAACAUCGUUUGCAGCCUCACCACCUCUACACCCACAACAGCCUUCAUCGCCAAACAGUCUACGAUCCUCGACUCCACGUACACCAGUCGCAGGCCUCCGAGAUUCGGAAUCGCCAAUCUUUGGAUCACUUCCAGGAAGGCGUAAACUCAGCCAGGCUGAGAACAGGCGUCAUGACUCCAUGCUCAGUAAUGACUCUGGGCACAUUUACGAGGGCAUCGAGGGCGAUAAUUCGUUCGCGAGCACGCAUGAAUGGAUUCCACCUCUGCCGCCCAGAAACCCGCCAACAUACCACUCGCUAUUUCCUUCCGUAGGAAUUAAACCAGAUUUUCUCCACAGCCGUAAUCCUUUCGCUAAACAGGGACCCCCCGAUCCUUACGUGGAAUCUGGCGCUGUUGUUGGACUCAAGAAGAAAACCUUCAGGAAAUUCAUCAAAGAUCUGGAUGCCGCGUUUGUUCUGUUCUAUAACCCGUGUGAGAAAAAGUGUUGUGCCGCAAAAGUCAGCAUGAGACAGGCUGCACAUGUUACCAGGAAAGAGAACCAUGCCUUCGCCGCUGUGGACUGCAGCCAGGACGAAGAACUCUGCAGGAAAGAGCUGGUGUUCACCGUGCCGACGAUGAAACUCUAUGUCAAAGGAAUGACCGUCAAUACAUACAGUCACACGAACUUGCUGCCCGCAGAGAUUCGAAAGUUUGUAGAGAACGCCCCCAUCGUUAGGGAAACCGUCCUAGAGAAGAAACGGUGCACAGUUCAAUAA